GCCCUCUGCCAGGCGGAGGGAGCGGCCUCGGCGGGGACGCGGCAGUCCAAGUUGCAAAUAUGAAGAAUUGUAAUGUCCUUCAGGGAUCUCCAGCUCAGGUGAUUCAGGGAGAUCUGUGAAACAUUUCAGCUUUAGUAUAAAGCGCCUCAAAACCUGAAGCUCUUCUCUUAGGAAACGCAGCCAACUCCUCUCGUCACGGAGGCCCAGCAUGAAUGUGAACUGUGCUGCUGGCACAGACUGGCCAAGAAAUCCAGAGUCCACUUGUUCUGUGGGGAGCACAACGGUAGCAGUCCAGGAGUCAGAAGCAAGUAACGUGGUGUUAGGAGGUCACAGCCCAGCUGCAGCUCCCAGGACUGAGGGUUUAGAUCCUGAAUGCCGACACACUCCUUGUCCAGUAAGUCCCCAGCUCAGUAGCAUGUUGCCUGCUCCUGAAGACACUCACAACUGCCAUUUCCAAGAUGGAAAUAAGAGACAGCUGGAAUAUUUUAACACCCAGGAACGCCAUGGGUGCUGCACCUUGUCCUCAAGCAGCAAUUCCCAGCCAGUGGCUUCAGAGAAGGUGACGCUCGUGGUAGAUGGCACUCGCUUUGCAGUGAAUCCACAGAUUUUCACUGCUCACCCUGACACCAUGCUGGGAAGAAUGUUUGGACCAGGAAGAGAAUACAAUUUCACGCGGCCAAAUGAAAAGGGGGAAUAUGAAAUCGCAGAAGGAAUCAGCUCAGCUGUGUUCCGGACUGUGCUGGAUUAUUACAAAACCGGGAUCAUUAACUGCCCUGAUGGGAUUUCCAUCCCAGACCUUCGAGACACAUGUGAUUACCUCUGCAUAAACUUUGAUUUCAACACAAUCAAAUGUCAAGAUUUAAGUGCUCUGUUACAUGAGCUCUCCAAUGAUGGUGCUCACAAGCAGUUUGACAGCUACCUGGAGGAGCUCAUUCUGCCUAUAAUGGUGGAUAGUGCAAGGAAAGGGGAACGUGAAUGUCACAUUGUGGUGCUGACAGAUGAAGACACCGUGGACUGGGAUGAAGAUCAUCCACCUCCAAUGGGAGAAGAGUACUCACAAAUCCUUUACAGCUCCAAGCUGUACAGAUUCUUCAAGUACAUCGAGAACCGUGAUGUGGCAAAAGCUGUCUUAAAGGAGCGGGGUUUGAAGAACAUUCGCAUUGGCAUUGAAGGGUAUCCCACCUGCAAAGAGAAGGUGAAGAGGAGGCCUGGUGGCCGCUCAGAGGUUAUCUACAACUACGUUCAACGGCCUUUCAUCCAGAUGUCGUGGGAGAAGGAAGAGGGCAAAAGCCGUCACGUUGAUUUCCAGUGUGUUCGGAGCAAAUCCCUCACAAACCUUGUCACUGUGGGUGAUGAUGUUUCAGAGGACCAGGAGGUUAUAAUGCAUCACCCCCCACAGGUAGAUGAACUGGACAGGCUGAAUGCACCAUUCUCCCAAAUGGCUGUGAAUGAUUUACCAGAUUAAUGGUGGCUCAGGGUCAUGGUCCCGCUGAUGUGGGAAUGUCUCGGCAUAGUUCCAUCCCUGGUGGUGGAACACAGACUCUUGCAGGGUGCUUUAUCCUCGUUCCUGCUCUUACUACCUUGUCAUACUUCAAGCAUGUUAAUAAAGAGCCACACUCUGGUCUAAUUGUGCAACCAAAAGCAACAUCUCCUCAAAGAAGAAGAAAUGAUGCUGUUUGUUUCUACUUCAAAGGCUUCCAGAUUGGUGGGUGCUGAAUAUUUUACCUGAACUUCUAAAAGAAGAUUAGAAGCAUUUUGAAACAUCUUGUUUGACAUGAGAGAGGAAAUUCUGGGCCUGUCAAGACAAAGCUUUCCUUUAUCAUUAGGCACUUAGCUUUGCUUUUGUGAUAUAUCAGUUACAAAGGACCCAACAUCAAAGCAGGAGAGAUGAUGCUUUUUCAUCAACCAGCAGAAAUGUAGCACAGUUGGGACAGCAAAAUCCUGAGUGUGGAGGAAUGUGUUUACACUGCCACCUGGCUCUGCAUCCAGUGUUGUACUGCUGUUCUGGGCAAGGAUGAACUAGCUCAAUAGGAAGUAUAUCCCUGUUGACAGGUGACAGGAAUUGUCCAUAUAUACUUCUCCAUAGGAUGGAAUCGUUGUUUUUAGGGAUGUUGUCUGUUAAGUUCAGCAAAAUGAGUAGAUCAUAUUGAAGGAAAAAGAAAAUAAAGAAGAGACUGUAGUUGAUAUUUUACCAACAAAGUAAAUCUGUUUAGUAGCCUAAUAGGUGUAAAAAGCUUUCUAGAAGUGACUGCAUGCUAAAGACUAUCAGUUGUCUCCUCCAUCCCCCUGCUAAGACAGAAGUGGAGGAGCUCCCAGUACAGACAGUUUACUCCCUAAGUAAAUUCCUUGGUCUCAUCC